CUGGCGAUCAUCAUCUGAACCUGACUUGUCUGAGGCUCUGCAUGGCAGUUGCUGCCUGUACCUGUACUGCCUGUAGCCGAGUGUAUGGCCUCCAGCCUCCAUAGGAAGGGGGAACGGCUGUUGAAGUCCUAGGGAAAGCGAAACUCAGGAGGAACAAAAAUCCUACUCAUUGCGAGUCUUCGGACACAUACGAUUUCAUUGCCAAUAUUAUUGACGAACUGUUUGACCCCUGUGUAUGUGGCGUACAUAAAUCACCGGCUAGUUUAUUCACGAUAUUUUUUCUGGCGUAUCGCUGUAAAGCGUGGGUAGAGAUUCAUGUUAUGGUGUAUUUGAGGUAUGGCCGGAUAUGGACAAAGUCCAAUGCAUUACCUUUUUGUAACCUAAGCCGGUUUUCGUGCCCCUUACAUAGCAGAAACAAAUGUUUUGUUCUGUUGAUCAGGUGCCGGCAGCUUGACAAUGCAGUGCAGCCACCACCACAGGCCAAUUAGCCACACCAACCGCAGCAGCCAACAGGAGCAGCAACAACAACGGCAGCAGCAGCAGCAGCAGCAACAACAACAUCAGCAACAACAACAACAACAACAACAACAACAACAACAGCAGCAGCAGCAGCAGCAACAACAACAACGGCAGUCAUGUGGAUCAGAGGAGUCCUCCGCAUCCAGUAUUGGAAGCAGAGAUACCACACCACCAACACCGCCCAGAGUCCAACCCGCGGCUAAAGUACAUCGCCGGACAUCGCCAACACAGCGUGCUCAAACUUUACCGGUGCAGGGACGGUCACCGGAGGCCACAGCGUCUGUCACCCCACCGCCUUGAUAUGGGAACUUGUACCGCCCGGUUGAAGACGAUGAUCAGCCGGCAGUUGAGGAUUCGGCACAGUGGACCGCAUACAUAACGUUUCACAGGCACCAGCGCCGCCACAGACCAUGGAAAUAGCAGAGUUCUCGCGCCACCGCGGCACCGACUUCGGCGUACAUGGCAAUGCCAGGGUGGGAGUGCUCCGUCACCAGGUAUACACACUUUCCCGUACAAUAUGCACAUUUGCUGGUAUUAUAGUAAUGUUAGGUACCUCCUCCCGUACCUUUUCUAGCUGGCCUGCAUGCACUUGCGUACUCACCUUUUGUCUCCUUGUUCCGUUGGCCUGGGUAGCUACUUGCGCGCCCAUAUUUGCCAUAGCUACCCAGGCCAUUUAUCUUGCCGUUCAGACUUGCUCUCUUUCUCACUCUUCAAUGUACAAGUAGUCGUUUCGUUCGUCUUGGUCUCUUGUCUCGUCGUCUAGAAUAAAUGUCGUUCCCACUAACCUCUUCCCGUUGUAAUGUCUGGAUAAUGUGUCGUCCUUUUCCCGAUUCAACAGUAAUGUACAAUCAUGUAUGUCCGCGGCUUUUUUGACACUCCGUAGGUCGACGUCAACUAGCUGUACAAUGCCAUGACUGUACUACAGUACUCGGCAGGUUUUCGAGUUUCAUUUAUUGAAGUAAAUUCACUAAAUCGUUGACCGUUCAUUUGUAACUUUUUUGCAAUAAUAAUAAUAAUA